GCCGGCUCCCUGGUGGGUGGCGCUAUCGGCAUCCUGCCAGCUCUGUUCACUUUCGGUCUCUCUAUCCCCGUGGGGGCGGCCAUUGGUGGCGGUGCAGGCCUUGCCGUCGGUGCGGCUGCCGGAGCCACCGCUGGUGCCGUGAGCGGUGGUGCAGCAGGCUAUGGAGCCUAUGCCAAGCGUGGGCAGAUCAGCGAGUUCAAGCAGAACACCGUGAACAAGGACGAUAUUCUUGAGCGUUUGUCGCUGCUUCUAGAUGCUUCCGUACGAUACGGGGAUUCUACGACGCACUUGAAAAGCGACGUGGCAUUCUGCAAGAACACCCCGUCUUGUGAAAGACUUGCGAUUCUGCGCAAGACCUACCUCCUAGACGUUUGA